UGUGGUGGUAUGAAACUGUCACUAUUAAUUCAUUAUAGCAAAAACAAUGAGCUCAUGUAUAUUUGUAGUUCUGUUGACUUUAAGGAUACUUCCUCACAAAGAUUCUGUGUCACUGGGAAACAGCUUCAGAGGUCUGCAGUGCUGGAAUGCCAGACUCAGUUGGAGAACAGUGAAGAAUUCUACAAUGCUUGGCUUAUUGGUUUUAGAAGCGUCAUCGUUCCAUUUCCCUAACUGAGGGAACACUUCAUUGCUCUUCUUAGCAUUCAAGUCCUUAUAAGGGGAAUCCUAGCAUUUUGUGAGUCUUCCAGACAAAAUGAACAAGGAAUUUGUCAUUUUGUCCCUUCUGUGUAGUAAGGGAUCAGCCAAAAUGCAAAGCAUUGGUCUUUUUGUUCUCGCUCGCUCUCGCUCUCAUAUGAAGUAGUAAGAAGGGAUUUUAGUUUGUGCAAAAUCUGCAAGAUGGAUCAGGAAUUUUCCUUCCUUCUUAGAAUUUCAAGUCAGCAGAAGUGAAGACAAUCACAGAUGGCCUUCAAAGUACAUCUGAGGAUUUGGGGAAUGAAAACAGUAGUGACAGGGAUGUAUAACUUUUCUCAGUUGUACAUUGUUGUGCUUAGACUGGACUGUAAGAAAAAAAUCAUUAUACACAGAUUAUUAAAGUAUGAAUGUAUGUUUAUAGGUGGCCUCCUGUAUGCAGUUAAUGGGAAGCCUUACCCUGGAGAUAGGGAGCCAGUGCAAGCAUUCGUGAUGAACUUUUCAACUGGAGAAAUCAUUGACACUUUCAUUCCACUUAGAAAGAAUUUUGAGAUGCCACAUGACAUUGUUGCUUCAGAAGGCAGAACAGUAUAUGUUGGAGAUGCUCAUGCCAACACAGUGUGGAAAUUCACAUCCACAGAAAAAAUGGAACAUCGGUCUGUUAAAAAGGCUGGGAUUGAAAUACAAGAAAUAAAAGCAGAGGCAAUUAUAGAAGGCACACUGAUAAAGAAACCCACAUCAAAAGAAUUGUUAAAGAAAGAAGAAAGGCAUCAAGUUGUCCAGCAGGCUAGCAGUUCCGUUUCUUUUGUUCUUAUUACAACACUUCUAACUAUUCCAAUAGUUGUCCUCUUGACAAUUGCCAUAUUUAUUUGGUGGAGAAAGACAAGAAUCUAUGGAGCUGAUGCUGAUCAUAAGUUUGAUUCAAGCUCAGGUAGAAUUCUGGGCAGAUUUAGAGGAAAAGGAAGCGGAGGCCUCAAUCUUGGGAAUUUCUUUGCCAGCCGUGCAGGCUACAGUCGAAAAGGGUUUGACAGACUUAGUACCGAAGGGAGCGAUCAGGAAAAAGAAGAGGAUGCCACAGAUUCAGAAGAGGAAGAUCCCAUUCCUCAGCCUCCAGCGAUACCCUCAUCUUCUUCCUGAAACUGGCCUUUGAUUGCUACACUGUCUGAGUCUACAAAGAUUGCCAGAUUUAGCACGUUUUAAGAUUUUACGUAUUUAAUUGUAAACUGUACUAGUCCUUUGUGAGGCUGUACACAGUUUUAUUUUUGUUUCUGUUUUUCCCUUCCCUCCCCUUUUGCUUCAGUUCAGUUUUGGAGUGUGAGCAUUUCAUAUCAGUGCCAUUGUUUUAUGUGAACCUUUUAAUAAAGCAGGGCAAUCCCACUUUAAUUGCAGUAAUGCUUUUAAAAUAGUAAUAUUUGCUCAUUUCAGUUAGGGACCUUCUCUAUAUUUGUAAAUAAGUCCCAGCCUCAGCUUUAAAAAUACUUUUGGUUUUCAGUUUUUCUUUGGUGCCUUUUCACUUUCGAUGCCCUUAAUCUAUCACAGAACAGAGAGGAUACAGUGCCACAUGAAGCAGAGCCACUAAAUCCCCUAUUUUUUAAGAAAAUCACUAGUAUUCUGUUACUUUAAGGGAAAGAUUUUAAAAGUCUCUAUUUAUAAUUGGGCUUUUUUUCCUCCUCCUCCUUCUUGCUCAGACUUUGUGUGUUUCCAGGAUGUCUUAUUUUUAGAUGGCUACACUGUUAGAACACUAUUUUCAGAAGCUGAAUGUAACUUGUGUAAUAAAGUGUUCGCAGAGCAUUAGCUGUCAAAGUGGAAUUUUUAACUUUGGGGUGAAGGGGAACUGGCUUUGGAAACAGCCCUGUUAAACCACCACCAAUCCCCAAAGAAGGGACAAAGCAGCUUAACAAAACACACCAACUGAAAAGACGACUCAAGGGUUAUUUUGUAUGAAAGAAGAUGCUUUGUUAAGGAGUGCUUUUUUAAAGAGAAAAAAAACAAAUCAAAAAGUUAAAAUUUCAUUACCUGUAUAAAUCCAUGCUGUUGGGUUUUUUUUUUUAAAGAAAAAAAAAUCUGGCCUGUAUAUCGAAACUCCAGGGCACAUACCAAAAUAAAACAUUGCUGGAACUAACAGGAAACCUGUGUGUCAACUUGCAU